AUGAAACGAGGUAUAUUGAUGUUUAGGCUUUAUGAACUGAGACAACAUUUUUUUGAAUUAAAUGUAAGUUUACCAGUAUUUCUAAAUUGAUAAAUUAUCUGGAAUAAAUAUAUCACAAUUAAAGCAACCAGUACAGGUAGAUUGGAACAUCUAAUUUAUGGUUUUCUAGCUGGAUGUUGUAAUUAAGUGGGUUAAAUUAUUCUAAAUCAAAUUUUCAAAAAAUAAUUAACAAAUUUGAAUUUUUAAUUUACUGAAAUAAAUAAAAUUGAAGCAAGUGUAAAACCAAAUCUACUGAAAGAUAAUUACUGGAUCAAAAUAUUUUAAAUAUUACAAGAGAAGACAAAGAAAAUUAUCAAAUAAUCAGUGUUGAUUUAUUAGGGAUCUAAAGAUGGAUUAAAUAAUUAAUUAUAUUGGAAUAAAGUAAAUAGUAAAUCUAACUUACUUAUGGUAUUUUAAUCAAAAAGUGAUUACAUCUUUGGAGCAUACUCUCUUUGUAGAUGGGAAUAAAAUCCAACUGGUUAUAUAGAAGAUAAUACAUUGUAAUCUUUUAUAUUUUCAUAAACUCAUGAUGAAGUUUAUCCUUUGAAGUCAGAUGAGAGAUAAAAAGCUAUUUAUUGUAAUUCAGGUUAUGGACCUUUAAUUUGAGGCAGACACGAUUUAAGAAUAGAUAGUAACUUUACUGAUGGUUAUUAUAAAUUAGGUCAUUAAUUUUAAUUUAAUUAAUACAAAAAUCUAAGUGAGAACCCAUAUUAUUUGGACAGAAUAAGCCAGAAAUAAAAGAAUGCUAGAUUUAUGAAUUAUAAUUUGUUUGAAUUGACAUGUUUAUCUCAAAAUAUUUCUAGAGAAUGA